AAUAGGACACUUCCCCCUUAUAUCCAACAAAACCCCGCCGCGGCCAAAAACCUCACACACACAAGCCCAUGUAUCACAACACUGGCCAUGGCAGACUAGGAACAGUCCUGUUCAUCUUGUCUCCUGCUUUACAGUCAACCAGACCCUCACAGUGCACUUCAUCCCAACAGCUAUCAGCAAGCUCCCCUGUUGCUAUGGCACAGUACAGUGGAUUCAAGCAGCUCCUCAUAUAUGCGGUAUCCAUGUUUAUCAUUGCAUUGUCUUUUUACCAAUGGGACAUGUCACAAAGAAAACGAGAGGAGAGGAUCCAUGAGACGCAGGAGCUGAGGAAGCAGCCGCUGAGAGAAACAUGUGCCGGGGACAAAGAGACAUUCAAGCACCAUUUAGAAGACGUCAGAAACAAUGAGCUGGCGAACCUCAUUGUGGACGACAAACAGGCGGGCUGGAAUGCACUAACAGAGGAGAGGAUCCAUGAGACGCAGGAGCUGAGGAAGCAGCCGCUGAGAGAAACAUGUGCCGGGGACAAAGAGACAUUCAAGCACCGUUUAGAAGACGUCAGAAACAAUGAGCUGGCGAACCUCAUUGUGGACGACAAACACGGCAUCAUAUACUGUUACAUUCCCAAGGUGGCGUGCACCAACUGGAAGAGAGUGAUGUUUUCCCUGACCAAGGACGAGCCGUAUCCUGACCCCGCCUCCAUUUCUCCUGAUUUAGUCCAUCUCCCCAACAUUCUGCCUUUCCUGAACAGCUUCCCAAGAUCAGAGAUUAAGGUCAGUCCACACAAUGACACAUCAAAAGUGUCUAACGGUUACAACCAGGAAGCUUUAACUUUUUCUUUCCUACAGGCCAAGUUGAAGCACUACACAAAGUUCCUGUAUGUCCGGGACCCAUUUGUGCGUCUCUUCUCCGCUUACAGAAACAAGUUCCAGGAACACAAUGAGUACUUCUACCAACGAUAUGGCCGGCAUAUUCUGCGCCUGUAUGCAAACCAGCCUGACCCUCCACAGAGUUUGAAAGAGGCCAACGCGUCCGGGAUGAGGGUCUCCUUUCAGAACUUCAUUCAGUACCUGCUGGACCCUCUGACGGAGAGGAAUGAGCCAUUUGAUCCCCACUGGAGGCAGAUGCAGCGCCUGUGCCUCCCUUGUCUCAUAAAGUAUGAUUUCGUGGGCCAUCAGGAGACUCUUCAGCAGGAUGCCUCACAGCUGCUGAAGAUCCUAAUGCUGCAGGACAACAUCCAGUUCCCUCCUUCCUAUGAAAACAUGACCACACCUGCUUUUCUGUUAGACUGGUUCAGCGCAGUGCCCCUAGAGGACAGGAGGAAGCUGUACGAGCUCUAUGAGCAGGACUUCAGGAUGUUCGGCUACAAAAGGCCUAGAGAACUGCUGGAUGGUUGAGAGGAUGUCAUGACUACUAACUCACUGCUGAGCAAAGAACAAUCUGUUAAGGACAUGACAAAUACUCAACCACCUCAACUUAAGUUAUUAUAAGCAUUGUGGUUAUUUAAAGGCAUUUGUCUUUGCACAAAAGUCUGGGGAAUUAUUGUUUAAGGGGUUAGGAUUAUAGAAAAAAGAUGCCAGGAGGUGGGUAACAAAUAAGCAAAUCCACAAUAGUUGAAAACAAGAUAUACUGUACUAGAAACUCAAAAGACAGGGAGAUAACUAGGACAUGGUGAAACAACAAGGGAAAUAAUACAGGAAGUGAUGACAAAAUGAUAUAGAAAGUGAGGAAACUAAUACUAAAUACACAAAAGCACAAAAGACUCAUUGACAUGAAGCACAGGUGGAACAAGCCAGGGUGGGGAAGACUAUUACAAUGGCGGGAAAACAAACAGAGGAAGAAAUUGAUACGCGGAGUGAAGCAGGUAGGACCCAAACGCAGAUAAUACUGAUAAUACCUUUAUCUUAUCGAACAUAUCACAUGGAAACAAACAAAACACUCUACGGUGAACUAGGUCACAAACAAAAGAAGCACCAACACUGAACACAGGAAGAGACCAUACUAAAUACAGGGAGGGGUAAUCACCAGACGAGAAACAGCCGGGCAGGGGAGGAGAAACACAAGGGCCACAGGUGAACACAAUCAAACAAUUAGACACACCAGGGAAACUAACGACAGGGAGGAAAAACCCAGGGAGAGGGACCAGACAAUAUACAAGGAGGAAAACAUGACAGAGAGAACAGAAACACACCCAUCACAAGACAUACAAAACUAAAACGUGACAUAACACAAGAAUCAUGACAGAAAUGAAACAAAAAAAGACACCAUGGAUGGAAUGAAGUCUAGUGUGUUGGAAUUUUUUUUUAUAAAAAUGGUCAU